AUGGCGUCAAAUAAAGCGAAUAAGUUAGCCUUUUUGUCCAUGCCAGCCCCGGCGUCCUACGUCGCUGGUCUUGGUCGAGGAGCGUCUGGAUUCACGACUCGAUCUGAUAUCGGUCCUGCACGAGAAGGACCUUCAGCCGAAGUUAUAGCCGAGGCACAAGCUAAGCGCGGAGAGGAAGUCGAAGUUGACCCAGAACAGUUUCAGGAUCCCGACAACGAAUAUGGUCUGUUCGCCGGAACAACCUACGAGCAGGACGAUGAGGAGGCCGAUAAAAUCUAUGAACAAGUCGACGAAGCUAUGGACUCACGGCGGAAGGCGCGGAGAGAGGCGCAAGAGAAGUUGGAGUUGGAAAGGCAUCGUGCGGAGCGGCCGAAGAUUCAGCAACAGUUUGCGGAUUUGAAACGGGGGCUGUCGGCUGUCACUGAUGAGGAAUGGGAGAAUAUACCGGAAGUAGGGAACUUGACGAGGAAGAAGAGACGCAGGGAAGAGCGGUCUUUUGUGGUUCCGGAUAGUGUUUUUGUUGGAGACAGGAAUAAAAACGAGUAUGAGAACUCCCUGGACGCGAGACAGCAAGAGGCGGGCGGCUUUGCAACGCCAGCGGAAUCCGGUACCCUCACGAAUUUUGUGGAAAUUGGCCAGGCUCGUGACAAGAUCCUUUCACUCAAGCUAGAUCAGAUCUCUGGUACCGCUACCUCAUCGGGCUUCUCGACUUCUGUCGACCCCAAGGGCUACCUGACUUCUCUGGACAGUGUCAUCAUCAAGUCUGAUGCCGAAAUUGGUGAUAUCAAACGCGCCCGUAUGCUGUUCGACUCCCUUGUCAAGUCGAACCCUAAGCACUCACCUGGUUGGAUUGCUGCCGCCUGCCUGGAAGAACAUGCUGGUCGUAUGGUUGCUGCUCGGAAGAUCAUAAAGGCUGGGUGCGAGCAGUGCCCGAAGAGUGAAGACGUAUGGCUAGAAGCAGCCCGGUUACAUAAUAACGACGAUGCUAAAGUAAUACUCGCAAAUGCAGUUCAGCACGUCGGCCAGAGCGUAAAGAUUUGGCUAGCUGCAGCUGACCUGGAAGGUGACGUGAAGGCCAAGAAGCCGUUGGAGCAUAUUCCCAAUUCCGUGCGACUUUGGAAGGAAACCGUCAACCUAGAAUCAUCUGCCACAGACGCCCGUAUUCUUCUCUCGCGAGCAGUUGAAGUCAUACCACUAUCCGUUGAGCUGUGGUUAGCCCUAGCCCGUCUUGAAACUCCUGAACGAGCGAAAGGAGUGUUAAAUAAGGCCCGUAAAGCUGUUCCCACAAGCCACGAGAUCUGGAUAGCUGCUGGCCGCCUCCUGGAACAAGAAGCAGCAACUGGCGCUUCUAAGACACCAGAACAGAAGGCGAAAGCGCUGGAACUGGUCGACAAUACCAUCCAGCUUGCCGUCCGAGAGCUACGAAAGUAUCAGGUUCUGUUGACUAGGGAGCAGUGGCUUAAGGAAGCAGAACGAUGUGAAACAGAGGGCAGCCCACGAACAUGUGAGGCUAUUGUGAAAGCGACAAUAGCGAUGGAACUUGAAGAGGAGGAUCGAUUGGAUACUUGGGUUGGAGAUGCAGAAAGCGCUGAAAGCAAAGGAAUGGUGGGAACUGCUCGUGCGGUUUUAGCCUAUGCUCUGAAAGUAUACCCCGAUCGACGAAGUCUCUGGAGAAAAGCGGCUGAUUUGGAGAAACUGCAUGGGUCAGCGGACAGUCUCGACGCUAUUCUCAGCCGUGCUGUCCAUCAUUGUCCACAGGCCGAAGUGCUCUGGCUCAUGGCUGCAAAAGAGAAAUGGCUAGCGGGUGAUGUUCCUGGUGCCCGACGAGUUCUGGAACAGGCUUUCGUUGCUAAUCCGGAGAGCGAGCAAAUCUGGCUGGCUGCUGUCAAGUUGGAGGCAGAGAACGGAGAGCUAGGCGUUGCUCGAGAGUUGCUAGUACGCGCGCGGACAGUAGCGGACACCGAAAGAAUUUGGAUGAAAUCCGCCGUGUUCGAACGCCAACAAAAUCAAUUAUCGAUGGCUUUGGAGACUCUAGCUGCUGCCUUGCAAAAGUUCCCUAAAUUUGCCAAGCUUUAUAUGGUACAAGGCCAGAUCCUGCAAUCCCAAAACAAUUACCCUGGCGCUCGUGCUUCAUUCUCUGCUGGUGUCAAAGCCUGUCCAAAAGAGGCCACGCUUUGGAUUUUGGCAAGUCGGCUGGAGGAACUAGACGGGAAAAGUAUAAAAGCCCGUGCGUUGCUUGAGAAAGCACGUCUAGUAAACCCUGCAAACGAUACUUUGUGGGCUGAGGCUGUUGGUGUUGAGGAACGCUCUGGCGGUACUGCACAAGCAAAGGCAAUGUUGGCUCGUGGUCUUCAAGAGUGUCCCACCUCUGGUUUGUUAUGGUCAAUGGCGAUUUGGGCUGAGCCUCGUCCGAUGAGAAAGGCGAGGUCCGUUGAUGCGUUGAAGAAGUCUGCGGAUAACCCCAUCAUCAUUUGUACUGUUGCGCGAUUGUUUUGGCAGGAGAGGAAGAUUGAGAAGGCUCGACAGUGGUUUGGAAGGGCUGUUGCUACUGACCCAGAUCUGGGUGAUUCUUGGGGUUGGUGGCUAAAGUUUGAGAGGCAGCAUGGAACAGAGGAACAUCGAGAAGAAGUCAGGAAUAAAUGCAUUGCCGCAGAGCCACAUCAUUCACCGACAUGGCAAUCAAUUGCAAAAGACGUGAAGAGCUCUGGGAAGAGUGUCAAAGAGAUACUCGAGAUGGUCGCAGACGCUUUACAGUAG